AUGACAUCUGCAGGGACUGGCAUUUCUGGCUCUGAACUUUUCCCAUUAAUGUUGCAUCAGACCCGAGGGUGUUUCUGCCUAGGACGGUGGUUUCCUGUGGCAGCCCCCACCCACAGCAGCUUCUGGCAGUGUCAGAGGAUGGUCAAACACAUCACGGGGUGGAGUGCCUUCUUCUCCUAUUACAGAUAUGGCUGCUACUGUGGGCUUGGGAGCAAAGGGAUCCCUGUGGAUGACACUGACAGAUGCUGCCGGGCACAUGACUGUCGCUACGAGAAGCCGAAGGAGUCCGGCCGCCAGCCUGUGCUGAAUGGCUAGUUCCACACCGUCAAUGGCACCGUGGUUUGUGAGUAG